AUGAUGCGACAGGUCUGGCUUGAUGGUCCAACGUACGAUGAUUUGCUUCGCUACAAUCGGCUUAUUUUUCUCUCUCUCCUCGGUCUACCGGUGUGUGUGGUUGGCAUAGUCACCAGCGGGCUUAGCAUCUGCAUGUUCUGUGAAGACAAGACAACGCCCCGAACAACUCGUAAGCUCCUGAUAAUCUUGUCUCUAACUGAUGUUCUAUAUAUCUUCCUGUGCAUACUCGUUUUCCAACCAAUGAAUUUUUGUAGCCGGGAUUGUCCCCUGCGAUGGCCUGUUAUAACUCACACAAUUGUUCCACUCGGGAGCAUUCUCGAAGGUUUCAGAAAUUUGUUGGUUGUACUCAUUGCGGUGGAGCGCUUCCUAGUCGUCCGCUUUCCCUUUCGCAGUAAAGUGUGGUGGAAUGGGAAAUUAACUAACGGUCUCAUAGCUGCUACUUUUGGAUUUUCCGUCCUGCUUCGACUUUCUUUCAUCUGCUAUGCGGCAGUCAAGAUUGUGAGGCCAGAGUGGUCGGAGCUGAAGUCAUGGCUUUGGCAAAUACACUGUUUUACUGACGGAAUACUGGUCACGUUAAUCCCCUUGAUUAUCCUCAUUGUCUGCAGUCUGCAGAUUGGACGAUGUCAACAACGAUCGAUUCGUUUUCAGAGGGGGCAGACGGAAAAGUAUCAGACUUUUAUCAAUGGAACGAGCAAGGGCUCAGCAAGCAGUAAUGCACGUCGACUUAAACUGACUCAUGGUCUCCUAAUCGUCAUUGGUACCUUCGUUCUGUUCAUGCUGCCUCUGAGUAUGCUCCAGUUACUUUAUCUUUACUUCUUGCUUCACCGCACCUGCAUCUCCAUGGUCUGCCUAAACAUAUGCGCAAAUGUGGUUGCACUUGGUUCGCAGAUCAACUCGACGGCAAACUUUUUUGUCUACAUAGUCUACUGGGGCAAAUACCGGAAAAUGCUAAGGCAGAUGCUGCGCUGCCAAAAGUCGCCCCAGUUUGUGUUUUCUAGUAGAGAGUGUACUAACAGCCAGCAGUGA